GAACUUCAUAUGUGAGAAAAUGGCGGACACACCGAAAACCAAAUAAGACACGAAAUAAUUCAUUUUCCCUUCAUUCUGUAAGAUGAAGAUGGCAGAUGCGAACGGAAAGGAGGUAGAACCUCCGAUGCAUAUACAGAGGCCAUCUUCAGCCCGAUCACAAGAUGUCUCGCACAUUUUGGCGAGCGUUUUUCGGGAGCUUUUUACGCGCGAUUCUGUAGGCGAGCAAAGAGUGAAACAUCUUGCAACUUCGCGUAGCGGGGAAGAGACGUACCACGAUAAAUAUGUGCAGCAGCUAAGAAAGAUUCAGCAGGACAGAGAUCAAUGUCACAGAGAAGCUGACAUGCUUGAAACUCACAUCAUGCAAGCCCAGGCUGCUGCCAUGGCAGCAGAUGAGAGAGAUAUACAGAAAGCACUUGUGGAGUGUGAGGAUUACCAGAAGCUUGGCCUACCCCCUGGAAAAUCAAAUCUGCGGCAUUGCCUGGACACAGAACUACUCAGGAAAUUUGGGCUUAUUGUACCUCAAGACUUCACAUCUGAGGAUCCAAAACCUGCAAGGCCACCACAAGCUGCAGACAUCCCUAGCUAUGCUCGAUGUACAACUUCAUCACAGCAGCGCUUUCGAAAGACUCCUCCCCUUACUGAUUAUGUUACAACCUCAUCACUGGCAUACCCCUUCGCUGCCUCAAAACAAACCAGUCUUGCUCAUGAGCAGGGGCUCAGAGAAAGCCCUCCACCUCAAACUGCCAAAACAAAACAGUCAAAGACAUCUGCCUGGAAAGAUUCUAUGAAGCCAAACCAGAGAAAAGUUGAGCGUGAUGACCUGCAGAGAUUAGAAAGCAAGGCUGAGUACAAGCAAAAUCCCAGAUUUGUACCUCCUGAGGCAGCAGAACUGAUACAGAAAAAAACUAAGCACCGCUCAAAAACAAAAACUACUUCCCAAGAUAAAAGUGGUUUCAAAGCUGUAGAAGUGUUCCUUGUUUCUCCAAACCCCCUUGUGUUUACAGACUACAAUGUUGGGGAAGUUUAUGAGCUCAGCAUUGAACUGAAGAAUGUGACAUCUUCAAGUCGGCAAGUGCGUGUUGUCCCUCCGACUUCAAAGCACUUCUCUAUUGGUCUAGGGCGGUUCCCUGGUGAAAAUGGUGUAGUUGCACCUGGUAUGAGUUGCGUCUACCCAAUUCGCUUUGCGCCAGACUCACUGGCAGACUAUGAUGACCUAAUUAAGAUAAAGUCUCAAGUCGAUCCACCCCUUAUCGUGCAUUUACAGGCGAGGAGACCUCCGCCGUCUCUAUCCUUGCCCCCAACUCUUCGCUGUGGCCAUUGUCUUGUUGGUGGGUACAAGGCGGUGAGGAUGUAUUGCACGAAUUCUGGUGGUGAUGGUAGAUUCUGCCUGAUUCCUAAGACGCAAUGGCCUACUGCUUCCUUCAAGUGGACUUUAGAGGACCCUGGAUCUGUAAACGUGAAUCCAUUUGAGAUCGAGCCAGCCAUGUUUCAGUUGAGAAAAGGAGAAAGUACAACAAUUAAGAUAACGUUCAGUCCCUACGCUGCGACGUUCUUUAAACAGGAAAUUGCGAUGGUUUGUGAUAAUUGUCAAGUCAAGUCCUUUUCCGUUGAAGGAACUGGGCAAAUGGCUGGCAUCCAGUUUAUGUCAAUCAGUGGUGGCCUCAGCCAAUACGAUGUUGGCGAAAUGAAAGAUGUGUCUUCUAAAUUUCUUGUGAGGUUUGACCAUCAAAAUCCACAGACUAAUCACAGCAAGAUCUUGGAAAUAAAAAACACUACUAAUGUGUCAUUACCUUUCCGCUGGAAACUGUUCAAGCCAUUUUUGCCAAGUGUCUCGCAAGAGCCCACAGGCCGGGUACACAGGGUUCCAGACGAUCAGGGCGUGUUCAGUGUGACCCCUAACAUGGGCGCGCUUCCUCCCCACGAGGUCGUGCACUUCUCAUUAGAGAAUGCCCCUAAAGAGGUUGGAUCAUUCCAUGGUGUAGCACACAUGGUGUUAGAAGAGAUUCCUGUUCAAGGGGGCGAUGCUGCAGGAUCGAUUGCCAAAGAUGUCACAGCUAUCGAAAUAGAAGUCAAGGCCGAGUGCAAGCCUUUCUAUAUCGAGGUCAGCCCCGCAUUACUUGUCAUUCCUGGGCGUAUGAUGCUUGGUACUCCGUACUUAUAUUCGGUUAAGAUCCAGAAUAAUAGUGUUUCGAGGUCUUCAUUUGAAUGGCAAGAUAUAAAGACCGACGAUUAUGCUGUAUCAAUAGAGCCCCGGAGUGGUGUUUUAGGUGCCGGGGAGAUGGUCGAGCUAUGUGUAUCUGUAUUUGGUAACUCGCCCGAUUCCAUGGACGCCACCUUGACAUGUUACGUACCAUUCUCGUCAUCACCUGUGUUUCUGCGGGUCAAAGGGAACUUUCAGGGCCCUGAGGUUUUAAUUGGACUUCCUGAUUUGAAUUUCGGUCUUGUUCGGCUCGGAAAAAGCAGCAAGAGUACAAUCCCAAUCAAGAACACGAGUAUUGUACGCGCAGAUUGGAGCAUGGAGGAGUGCUCUGACAUGACACAGGAUGUAUCUGAGUUCACAUUCGUGCCGUCACACGGCAGCUUAGGGCCUAUGGAAGAAAUAACUUGUGAAGUCACUUUCGCGCCUACACAGUGCAGACGUGUUCGCUCGGUCUUCCAAUGCGCUGUUCGAAAAGGAAAAACGAGCUACUUGUCUGUGUUCUCUGAGGUGCAGACUCCCCUUGUGUGCCUUGUCUCAUCGAGUCUCUACAUAGAGGAUGUGUACCUGAAUGUCCCUGUAUCCAGAGAAGUCGUGUUACAGAACCAUACUCUGCUAGCCACUCAUUUCCAGUGGAAGGAGAUUGUCGAUGACAAAGGUGAUAAGGGUUACACUGUCACCUUUGAGCCAUCGAGUGGAGAACUUGGACCCAGACAAGCGCUACCCGUACAGAUGACAUUUACUGGUCAUCGUAAGGGACCAUUGGAGAGCCUUGUCACCUCGUGUGAGGUCACUGGCAUGGAUAAACCCAUAUGGCUUGACAUCAGUACAGAUGUUCGUGGGCUGAACGUCACCUUUGAGACACCGAAACUUCUCGACUUACGCAGGCCUGAUGAAAUCAAGACUGUUGACAUUGAGAGUACCCCUCUCCUGCUUGAGUUCGAAACUGUUCCCUUGGGAGAGCAGGGUAAGGCUACCCUCGUCAUGACUAACACAUCAGCAAUCCGAGCUCGGUACAGCCUCCACGUUGAGCACUUCAAAGCUGCUAAACCUCCGUCUCCUCCUGAAGGUCAACCAAAGAACAAAAACAGUCGUCGGUUGCAAGGACUACUGGCUCGCACUCCUAACAUCGCCGAUCCAUUGAGUAAAACUGCAACCAAGGCACAAGCAGAUCAUAGUGCGACCGUGCUUCGUGAUGGGCGUGGUGCAGCGUUCAUACUCUCACCUUGUGAAGGGGAGCUGCUGCCGUUUGGUUACCAGGUUGUCGAGGUGUCCGCGUAUAAUGACAUGUGGGGAGAUUAUCGGGAUCUUCUUGUCUGUCAGGUUGAAGGUCUUGAUCCCGUCUAUAUCCCUAUCAAGAUGACCGUGGUCGGCUGCCCUUUGAAUUUCCAGAUGAUGAAAGACCAAGCUCCGAUUCUACGGUUUGGGACACACGUAUCUGGGGCGCCAUCUGUGCAGAGAUCUCUACGGCUUAACAAUACAAGCCCUUUUGAUAUCCGACUUGAUUGGGGCACGUACAACAUAAUUCGUGAUGACCCUCAGUUAUUGGAUAUGUUGGUAUUUUACGGACAGCCCCUGCCUCUGUUUGACAGCAAGGGACAAGAACAAAUCCCCAGUCCUCCCCCUCUUCCGGAUUCCCUUUGUGAUGAGCUUCCGCUCAUCCAAGUAAAGCUCCAAGAGCAUGAUGGGAUUCUCAGCAGUAAACCGUUCGGCGUAACUCCCAGUCAGCAGAUUAUCCCUGCAAAGAGCCACGCGACAAUGAACGUAACGUUCACUCCUCACACUGACGACCCGGAGGGAGAGGCAUGCAUUUGUUAUGCGGCCGCGUACAUGAGCCUGGACGGGCAGAACGUGAAUAUUCCUGGCCGUGUGAGUCGAAAGCAGGGACUGGAAAUGGCGCGUUUCAGGCUUGAUGUCACCGCAAACAUUAGGCCAGCACUUUUAUCAGUUGAGAUGGAGGAGGACAAGGGAGCCCAUUUUACUACAGCAGCAAGCGACGUGCUUAAGGGAGAUGCAACAAAAGUCCAUCGUUUUGUGAUGUCCAACACUACAGAAACACCACUGAACUUUCGGCUUGAAAUCCCUGCCCCAUUUCGUCUGGUAUGCACGGAGCCACCACCAUCCGCAAAGUCGAGCAGACCCGUGCCUGGCGGUCUGACUACUGUCAAGCCUGGCAAGAAUAUCGAGGUAAAAGUUGGUUUCUGCCUGACACGUGGUCUACUGGAGCUGGCCAGUAGCGUGGACGAAAGCGGCCAUGACGGCUGCUCACUCAUCACCAAGGAAACAGGAAACCGGCAACUCGUCUUCAACCGCGACCUUGUAGUGUUUUUCUCGAACAACACCAAACAGUUAAUCCCCUUGACAGCAUCAGUGGACGUACCGACGUUUCGCCUAUCAGAGGAAGUUCUAGAUUUUGGCAUUUGUCUUGUUGGGCAAGAAAAAGAGCUGGAUCUAACUCUUGAGAAUCCUGCGGAGUCAGACUCUACUUGGAUGGUCGAACAUGACCCGCGCUACCCGGAUGUUACCCGUGAAGUAUUUUCGAUUACACCGUCCGAAGGGUUCUUAGAAGGUCACUACAGCCACGUAUCAAAAAACAAGACUCUUCUCAAAGUCACGUUCACUGCGAGGCACAACGUCAAGUACAAGUGCGUUGUGAUGUUUCGCGGGCGCCUGCAGGAACAGGUUCAGCGGCUGACCCUCAUAGGACAAGGAUCGUAUGACGGUCAUCACGAGGCGCUCAUUAAUGUAAUGACCGAGUUCUAGAGCAACCCCUUCUGAUGGAAUUCAAAAUGACAUUCAAUUAGUUAGCCCGAAUGUAUAUGUGUAGCGUUUUCUAAUAUUAUUGUAUUCAUUGUAAUUACAAGCAACGGAAUUUCGUACAAUUCUUGGUUGUAAAAUGUAUAUAGUAUGUAAAUUGACAAUUAUUGUGUCUCGUUUUGACACGCAAGUUGAAGACAAAAUAUAUUCAAAUAUAAACA